GGCGAGGUUUGACUUGACAUACCUCAAUUUUCCUUCUGCUAGCUUGUGUGAUGUUAUGCAAGCUUGUAAGUGCAAAUGCCAAACCGUAAGUGUUAACUGCGAAUGAAACAAAUUCCGCUCAAGAACACAACUUCUUUUAAAGAGAAGAGGGCAUCUACAAUUUUUCAGUAAAACGACAAUCCAGCGUUUCCGCAAUGGCUUCGAAUAUGUCGGCAGUGAUGAAGAUUGUGCGGCACUCAUCCUCCCUCUUUGAGCGAAGUCAGUCACUUUGGGGAGUGUCUGCUGUUCGUUUGCUGUCAAACAGCGCCAAUACUCCCCCAGAGACAGGAGAACCACCCAUCCCCAUCUACCAAGAAAAGCGACAUGAACCAGUGCAGUUGAAACGUUCCAGGCUGGUGUAUCAAUCACGCAAGAGAGGUAUGCUGGAAAAUGGUCUACUCCUAAGUACAUUUGCUGCGAAGUAUCUUAGCACCAUGUCCGAUAGUCACCUUCAACAGUAUGAUCGUCUCAUAAACCUUCCCAGUAAUGAUUGGGAUAUAUUUUAUUGGGCUACUGGUGUGAAGCCCACCCCUCCUGAAUUUGAAACUGAGGUGAUGGGCAUGCUCAAAGAACAUGUUAAAAACAAGGACAGAGAGGCCAGGCUUACACAACCAGCUCUGUGGUAGUUUGCAUGUUCCGAGUGUAAAGUCUAAUACUCCAUAGUGUUGCGGGUUUUCAUACCCAAGGGGCUAUGGCGUCUUACGGGCAGAUCGGGUAGACCCGCAACACUGUGGUGUAUUGCCAUUACAGAUGGAACAGUAUAUUUAUGGUUUUAGAAAGUUCAAAAUAGUUGGUGACUUACUAAUGAGCUGUUGUAGCACCAAUUUAUUAGUUUCAAGUGAAUGAAGGAAAUUUAUGGACUGCUAGACUGUAAGUGUUUGAGUUGGCUUAAAUUAAGAUUGGUAAUGUGAAAAUAAAAGAAUUUCAAGAGUUAUCUUACUAAAA